CCGUAACUUCGUGUUGGCCACUGGAAGGAAGGGGUGGUCGGGAAGCGCUUUGCUAUAUAAAGUAGGACUAGCAGCCAUGGCAUCAGCCAGCAUAUCCCACACCCUCCCCGCUCUCUUCCGGCCAUGUCUAUCCCGACAUCGAGCCUUUGUCUCCAAAUUCGAGCCCCACCGCUCCCUCAAGAAGCGAGCAUUCCACCGCACCUUCAUCAGCCGCCAGCAACCGAAGAAAGAUGAACCACCAAUGCUUAUCACAACGCCUAUAUUCUACGCCAAUGCAGAACCACAUAUCGGACACCUGUAUUCAACAGUCCUCGCCGACGUGCUAAAACGGUUCUACGAGUUGAAAGGGCGGGAGGUUGUUUUUUCGACGGGGACGGAUGAGCAUGGGCAGAAGAUUCAGGAAGCUGCCCAGAGGAAAGGGAUAGAUACGUUGAAGUUCUGCGAUGAGGUUUCUCAAAAGUUCAAGACAUUAUUCGAAGCCGCCAACAUUUCCUACACCGACUACAUCCGGACGACUGAACCGAGGCAGAAACGCGCUGUGCAGGCUCUUUGGACGGAUUUGCGAGACCGGGGAUAUAUUUACAAGGGCACGCAUGAAGGGUGGUAUUCGGUCUCGGAUGAGACGUUCUAUCCCGCGACGCAGGUUGAGGAGGUUAGGGCCGCUGAUGGGACUACGAAGAUGGUCUCGAAAGAAACCGGCCAACCCGUAACCUGGACCACCGAAGAAAACUACAAAUUCCGUCUCAGCGCCUUCCAAUCCCAACUCCAAUCCUGGCUCACACAAAACCCCACGGCAAUCCACCCCCCCCAAAAACACCACCUGAUCCUCUCAACCCUCACCACCCACUCCCACGAACAACUCGCAGACCUCUCCGUCUCCCGUCUUCGCUCACGCAUGCAGUGGGGGAUCCCCGUGCCGGGGGAUGAGGAACAUGUGGUGUAUGUGUGGCUGGAUGCGUUGGCGAAUUAUUUGACCGUGCUGGGGUAUCCGUGGACGGAGGGUGAGACCGGGAUGAGGGCAAGGAUGCAGAGGGCGUGGCCGGCGGCGUGGCAUGUUGUUGGGCAGGAUAUCCUCAAAUUCCACGCAAUCUACUGGCCCGCCUUCCUCCUCGCCGUCAACCUCCCCCCACCCAUCCGGAUCCUCGCCCACGCCCACUGGCUGCGCCACCACGUCAAAAUGUCCAAAUCGCGCGGAAACGUAGUCGACCCCAUGGCCGCCAUCGCAACCUACGGCGUCGAUUCCGUGCGGUGGUUUUUGAUGCGGGAUAGUGCAUUGGUUUAUGAUUCGGAUUUUUCGGAUGAGAUGAUACAUCAACGGUAUACGAAAGACCUGGAACGGCAGUUUGGAAACCUGGUCAUGCGGUGUUGUGCGCCCAAAGUCAAUAAACGGAUGCUCGCGCCCUCGAGCCCGGGAACACUCACCGACGCCGAUCGGGAGUUGCAUGAUAGUUUGGCUGCCCUCCCAGGCAUUGUAGAAACAUGUUACGAGAACGCCGAAUUUGCCGCCGCCCUCGAACACAUCACACACACCAUCUCCCUCGCCAACAGACACUGGGACGCCACGAAACCCUGGCUCCUCGCGCGCACCUCACCCUCCUCCUCCGCCGCGGCCGAUAUCCUCGCCCAAGACCGCCUCCGCACGAUACUGUACUACGCUAUCGAAACCGUGCGUGUAUGUGGGAUACUCCUGCAGCCCGUGAUGCCCGGGAAGAUGGGGGUGUUGUUGGAUGGGCUUGCGGUGGGCGAGGGGGAGAGGGGGUGGGGGAACGCGCGGGUUGGGGGGAGGUGGGUGGGUGGUGAUGGGAGGGAAGAAGUGGUUGUGAGGGAGGGGUGGGAGGGGACGGUUGUGCCGGUGCAGAGACCGUUGUUUCCUAGGUUGAUGUAG